UCAGGGCAUUCGGGCACGGCUGUCCCGGCGGCUGGCGGCGAGGGCACCCCAGGGAGCACCGGGUUAUGGUGCCACCGGGCUGACUGCCGGCACGCAGCGAGGCGGCAGCGGGGGCCGAGCCCGGAGCCAUGGAGGGGCCCGGCCAGGAGGCCUACGAGGAGAGGAUGAGGAGGAGCCUGGACCCCGAGGGCUACGAGGACCCCGGCAUCAAGAGCUCGCAGAUCUCACUGGGGGAGAUGAGCAGGGCCGGCACCGCGUCCCCUCUGCACGCUUGGAGGGCCCGAGCCGAGGAGCUGUCACCCCUGCGCCAGUAUCUGCCCAGCCGCCGGGGAUGGUAUGACCUGGAUGGGAGGAGGCGAGCGGCCGGGGCCCCCCCGGCACAGGCGAGCGGCCGUGGCAGUGGGCAGCCUGUAUCCGUGACUGAUGUGGACCUGGAGGUGGGAGGGAGCAGGAGGCCCUUGUUCCGGAGGGAGACCCAUGAGGGCUACGUGGAGCUGCAUGAGCUGGUCAUGGACAGCACAAAGGAGCUGUGCUGGAUGGAGGCCGGGCACUGGCUCAAGCUGGAGGAGGACUUCAAGGAAGCCGGGCACUGGGGCCAGCCCCAUCUCUCCUUCCUCACCUACCGCAGCCUCCUGGAGGUCCGACGGGCUUUGGCCAAAGGUGCCGUGCUCCUCGACGUGGCGGCCACCUCGCUGCCGGCCAUCGCCCAUGUCCUCAUCGACCAGAUGAUCUACGAGGGGCAGAUCAAGCCGCAGGACAGCGAGGACAUCCUGAGGACGCUGCUGCUGCAGCACAAGCACCCCAGCGAGGCGGAAUCGACGGGGACGCUGCCGCCGGCGCAGCUGCAGCGCUCGGGCACGGGGCGGCCGGACACGGAGCAGCCGCUGCUGAGGGAGCAGCAGCCCCUGGAGAUGCGCAGGCUGGGGGGAGAGCAGAGCCUUAGUGGGGCCAGCAGACCCCAGCUCCAUGAGAAGAUCCCUGAGGAUGCAGAGGCCACCCUGGUCCUUGUGGGCUGCGCAGCCUUCCUGGACCAGCCCACGCUGGCCUUCGUGCGCCUCAAGGCCGCGGUGAUGCUGGACGGCGUCCUCGACGUGUCCCUGCCCGUCCGCUUCCUCUUCGUGGUCCUGGGCCCCGACAGCCCCCACAGCAGCUACCACGAGAUCGGCCGUGCCGUGGCCACCAUGAUGGCCGAGCGGGUCUUCCGCCGUGAUUCCUACCUGGCCGACGGGCGCCAGGACCUGGUCCGCGGCGUCGAGGACUUCCUGGAGGCCAGCAUCGUGGUGCCCCCCACCGAGACCCCCAGCGAGCCGCUGCUCCGCAGCCUGGUGCCGCUGCAGCAGGAGCUGCUCCGCCGCCGCUACCGGCCCCCGGAGGCGCCGCUGAUCGAGGACCCCCUCAAAGACCUGCAGCUGAACGGGUCGGCUCCGGAGGACGAUGACCCCCUGCGCCGGACCGGGCGGCCCUUCGGGGGGCUGGUGCGGGACAUCCGCCGCCGGUACCCCAAGUACCUCAGCGACAUCAAGGACUUCCUGAGCCCCCAGUGCUUGGCCGCUGUCAUCUUCAUCUACUUCGCGGCGCUGUCACCCGCUGUCACCUUCGGGGGCCUGCUCAGUGAGAAGACCAAGGGCAUGAUGGGGGUGUCGGAGCUGCUCAUCUCCACCUGUGUGCAGUGUGUGCUCUUCAGCAUCCUCAGCGCCCAGCCCCUGCUCGUCAUCGGCUUCUCGGGGCCCCUCUUGGUCUUUGAGGAAGCCUUCUACUCGUUCUGCAGUGCCAAUGGCUUGGAGUACAUCGUGGGCCGGGUCUGGAUUGGCUUCUGGCUCGUGCUGCUGGUGCUGGUGGUGGUGGCCUGCGAGGGCAGCUUCCUGGUGCGGUACCUGUCCCGCUACACCCAGGAGAUCUUCUCCUUCCUCAUCUCCCUCAUCUUCAUCUUCGAGACCUUCUCCAAGCUCGUCACGAUCUUCAAGGCGCAUCCCCUCUCGCGCCGGUACGAUGUGCAGGACGAGGUGCAGCCCGGCGUGCCGGAGCCCAACACGGCGCUGCUGUCCCUCGUCCUCAUGGCCGGAACCUUCUUCCUGGCCUUCUUCCUCCGCAAGUUCAAGAACAGCGCCUUCCUGCCCGGCAGGGCCCGGCGCUUGAUCGGGGACUUUGGGGUGCCCAUUUCCAUCUUCAUCAUGGCGCUGGCCGACUUCUUCAUCAAGGACACGUACACGCAGAAACUCAAAGUCCCCCGAGGGCUGGAGGUCACCAACUCGUCCGCCCGGGGCUGGUUCAUCAACCCCAUGGGCGAGAAGAAGACCUUCCCCAUCUGGAUGAUGUUCGCUUCCGUGGUGCCCGCGCUCCUCGUCUUCAUCCUCAUCUUCCUGGAGACGCAGAUCACCACCCUCAUCGUGAGCAAGCCCGAGAGGAAGCUGGUGAAGGGCUCCGGCUUCCACCUGGACCUGCUGCUGAUCGUGGCCAUGGGGGGCCUGGCCGCGCUCUUCGGCAUGCCCUGGCUCAGCGCCACCACGGUGCGCACCAUCACCCACGCCAACGCCCUCACCGUCAUGAGCAAAGCCACUGCUCCCGGCGACAAAUCCCAGAUCCUGGAGGUCAAGGAGCAGCGCAUCAGUGGCCUCUUGGUGGCCGUGCUCAUCGGCGUCUCCAUCCUCAUGGAGCCCAUCCUCAAGUACAUCCCGCUCUCCGUGCUCUUCGGCAUCUUCCUCUACAUGGGCGUCACCUCCCUCUUCGGCAUCCAGCUCUUUGACCGCAUCCUGCUCCUGCUGAUGCCACCCAAGUACCACCCCGACGAGCCCUACGUCACCCGGGUGAAGACGUGGCGGAUGCACCUCUUCACCUUCACGCAGAUCAUUGUGCUGGUGCUGCUCUGGGUGGUGAAGUCCACCCCGGCCUCGCUGGCGCUGCCCUUCGUGCUCAUCCUCACUGUGCCCCUGCGGCGCUUCCUCCUGCCCAAGAUCUUCCGGGACAUCGAGCUCAAAUGUCUGGAUGCAGACGAUGCUGUGGUGACCUUCGAGGAGGUGGAGGGCACAGACGUGUACAACGAGGUGCAGAUGCCCAGCUAAGGGCCCGCUGCCCCCCGGCCCCGCACCCCCACUGCUGCCACCCUGGGUGCUGGGGGACCUGGGGUCCCGCAUUCCCGCUGUGAAUGGAGCUUUUGGAUGGAUUCCCCCCUUUUUUGCCUGUUUUUGAUACACUUUGGAUGGUGUGAGCUCACCCGCCCCUCGCUCCCCAUGGGGGAACAGGCUGGUCCCAUGGGCCGCCCCAACCCCAUGGUACAGGUGCCCCAUCCCGGCCCCAAGGCCACACUGGGGCUGUGACCGGGCACCAAGCACAGGGAGAGGAGCCGGAGGAAGACGCUGGAGCCCUCAGGGAUGGGGCAAUGCAGCAGGGGUGGAUCUGCAAUGGGAUUCCCCCAUUCCCUUCACUGGGGACCCCCAUGCCCUGAUCCCUCUUUCCCUAUGAACUUCCAGUGCUAAUGAGCACGGGACAGAGCCCACAGAGCCCUUUUCCCCCCUUUAUCCCAUCACUUGCUCCAGUGAGAGCAUCCGGCAGCUCCGCUGCGCUCCCAGCAUCUCCCAGGGUUGGGAUGUACAUAAUGCAGCCAGAGGGUUUAUACAUGUAAUGAAGAGAACCACGCUAAAAUCACCCCAAAACCAUCCCACGAUGCUUCUGCAGGAAAACUCCCCCAAACCAAACACAAAUCCACCAAAAGCACCUUAAAAAGGGAUAGAAAAAGGAGGAAAACCCCAAAUCCACGUGUGCUGCAAGGGGGGAUUCUGUAUAUUUGAUGCUGGGUUUGGGGGGAGCCUGUAAUUUAUUGCUGAUUGUGCCCCCGUGUGCGUGUGUGUGUGUAUAUACCAGAGAGAAUCCAUAGGGAAUGUUAGUAUAUUCCAGAAGAGUUGAUUUAAAGGAUCCUGGUCAGGGCCUAAACUCCAUGGACCAGUCCACCAGUGUCAUUUCACUCAUGAUUUAGUGGUAGCACCAUUCCUUUUUAUUUGAUAGCAUUCCACAUAUAUAUAUAUAGUUCAAU